AUGACGACAAUGGGCGGGGGAUGGACGGCAAUUCAAAAACGAGUUACCGGACCCCUCAGUUUUGACAGGUACUGGACGGAAUAUAAAUAUGGUUUCGGUUUACCAGAACAAGAUGUCUGGGUUGGAAAUGACUUUAUCCAUCUGUUAACUAAAGACAACUCAUCCCUGUAUGUGUCCAUCACUCUCCUGAAUGGUACAACGCUCUAUGAAAUGUACGACCGAUUCUCUGUGUCCGACGAAGCAGGGAAAUAUCAACUCUUUCUUGCAGGACCUGCCACGGGGACUUUAGGAGACGCUAUGUUAGACACAGAUUACCCCGAUCACUUUGAUCUGUCUGUGAUGUCAUUCUCCACCCCAGACUGGGACGAUGGAGACAGCAUGAUAAGCUAUGAUCUGUCUGGGAUGUUCUUCUCCACCCGGACAGAGAUAACGACGGGUCCCCUGGUAACUGUGCUGCUCACAGUUACAUUAGGGGAGGGUGGUGGUUUAACUGGUGUCAUUGGGCCUUCCUUAACGGUCAAUGGUCCCAAGGAGGAAUUAUGGGAAAACCCAUGGUAUCCCACAGUACCGAAUGGGACGUCGGUGAAGGGAACCACCAUGAUGAUAAAGCGACAAUAG